AUGGCAGUUGUGUUACGAAAGUGGAAACAGGUUACCCUUUUUUCCGCCGUAUUGUACCCUCCUCGUACCAUUAGACCCUCUAUGAGUGGUGACCACAUAGAAAAACACGGCAAAAGGGUAUCAGUGAUGGAGAAAGGCGACUUUAGACUGGCUGGUUGCACUUCAGGAAAGAAAAUAGAGCUGUUUUUUCCUGGCUAUACCUAUGACUCUUAUUCUAGCUCUAGCUAUGACUCUAAUUCUAACUCUAGCUAUCACUCUACUUCUAACUCUAGCUAUGACUCUAAUUCUAACUUUAUCUAUGACUCUACUUCUAACUCUAGCUAUGACUCUAAUUCUAACUCUAGCUAUGACUCUAAUUCUAACUUUAUCUAUGACUCUACUUCUAACUCUAGCUAUGACUCUAAUUUUAACUCUAGCUAUGACUCUAAUUCUAACUCUAGCUAUGACUCUACUUCUAACUCUAGCUAUGACUCUAAUUUUAACUCUAGCUAUGACUCUAAUUCUAACUCUAGCUAUGACUCUACUUCUAACUCUAGCUAUCACUCUACUUCUAACUUUAUCUAA